UCUUCCCACUUGCUGCCAUUGAAGAAGCUACUCGGGCAAUAUAUUUAUUUUUCUUGGUCCCAUGAAGAAUCCAUUCCGAUAUGAUGCCCGACAACUUCGAAUUAGAAAUAUGGAUAGAAUAUGUCAUCGGAAUGUCCGCAUUUCUGCUCCGAUUCUUCGCACGAUGGAAGCAUGUUGGCUUCGAGAAGUUUGCUCUCGAUGACCUCUUCUGCUUUAUUGGGAUGAUAAUAUUUUCGUUUGAUGCUGCCUUUGUUUAUACAGUUGGCAGACUUGGCAGCACCGCCGGCCUUACAGCGGAAACUGCCCCAUUGGUUACCGCGCAGCAGGCUCAUGAUUUCAGCAUCGGAGCCAAGUGCUUGUUUCUUGCUUGGAUAUGCUUCAUCACUCUCACUUGGACGUUGAAGGCAAUACUUCUUUCACUUUAUCACCGGCUCACACUCGGCUUACAGCAACAUAAGAUGAUAAAAUUCGUGGGCGGAUUUUGUAUCGUCUCAUGGACUGCCUGUAUGAUUGCUCACUUUGCGGUAUGCGUCCCAAUUGACAGAAAUUGGCAAGUCAAUCCGUAUCCUGGCGACCAUUGCGUUCUUCGCAGGGCUAAUCAAGCACUCGUUGGAGUUCUCAAUAUCUUAUCAUACAUAGGAGUCAUGGCCAUUCCCCUCCCAUUAUUGUUUGCGGCACGCAUACCUCUCUACCGGAAGCUGAUACUCGGAGUUCUUUUCUGCUCUGGUAUCCUUGUUACAGCCAUAGUUAUCUUACGGGUAUAUUAUGCUCUCAGUGGUGUUGGAGAUCUAGGAAGUGUUGUCUCUUGGGCAUUUCGCGAGUCUUUCAUAUCGAUCGUUACAGCCACGGCCCCUGGAAUUAAACCGCUAUUCAAUCGAUCGAACUGGAUCGAUACAUCUUCACUCAUUGAAACCGGCACGAACGGUAAACCAUGUGGAGCUAGCCGCGUACAUCAUUCCAACCACCAAUUCGAUGGGGGAAAUAUUACAUCUACUAUUGGUAAUAAAGAUGGGCAGAGAGGAGUUAGUGGUCGUCAGUAUAUUGAACUCGGACAUACUGAAAAUUGGCCCAUGUCGGGCAAAAGAAACAAUGUCGAUGUUAAAACUAAGGAACUAAUGACAGAUUCUUCGAGUCAGGAACAUAUCAUUGCUGGAAGUGAUGACAUUCAUGCUAUUCAAGUACCCCCUGAUUAUACAUCGCAGCGGGACUUUGGUUCUGCUGACCUGAGCGAUUCUAAUGACAUUGAAUUUGAGAAGAACAAAGCUAGUACGGAUUCACGGUAAAAAGCAGCAGUGGACUACCGACACGAGUUUGGCAGAUAGCUUUCACUCAUCACCCGACACGAAUAACAAGGAAUGUCAUCGAAGAAGGAUGUGUACAACUUGCGAUUCGCUACUAGAACCAUCCACUCAACGCUUCUUCCCUCCGCCGGAAUCUUCCCUACGUCAAAGUACGUAGCACUCGGUUCAUUUAAUUAGCGAAUCCUCAAUCUGAUAGUUGGCUUUUUACUUCAAGCGGAUACCCAUUUGAUUUUUGGAUACAUGUUUUGUAUUAUAGCUUGGAAUGACUGUACACUCGAGAACCAGAUAGAUAGUAUACAGAAUAGAGUCUCUCAAAGAUGAGCUU